UUAUAUCGAUCCUGCUUACCAUAUGUGACGUUCCACUUUAACAUGAUAAAAUUGCUCUCACAACAGAGCAGCACUCACACAAAAGCCGAAGAAGAAUCGUUUUAACCGACUUUCCCUUCUUCAGAAUCCUCCCCCAUCUCCCUUUCAAGACUUGGAACGGAGAGACAAGCAAAUUCUUGAAGCAAAACUACCCGAAGCUGUGUGAUUACAUAAAGCAAGUUCUUCGUUUUCUGGGCAGGUAAUAGAGCAAGCCAGCAAAAUUAUGCCGAAGGACGGGUGAUCAGUGCUUGCCGCCAACCCUCACGUUAUGACCAGAAUUCUCUUUGAGCUUCCUUCGCUUUCAUCACUGGCGUCGAUUUCGGCAUGAGCUUUUCCGUAGCUUGUAUUGCCGCUGUUUUACUUCUGGGCUGUGAGGCAGCCACGGAUUAUUUCCAAGACUUCAAAGAGGCCCGUGAACAAAACACUCCACUCUGCUCGGAUCCUCCUCCUGUCGCGAAUUCUUACAGGUGGUCAGUCCCGAACGGAGUGGAAUACCAGUGCGUGGAGGGCUAUGACCCCCCUGGAGUAAUCAAAACUGUGGGCUGCGUGAACUCCGUGUGGGAGGGACAGCCACCCGUUUGCAUAUUGGACUGUGGAAAGCCUCCUGUCGAGGUAGGGGCUAGCGUCACUGGUGUCACCAGCAGCGCGAAGAAUUAUGUCGGUGGGGACCCUGCGGAGGCGCACUAUGAAUGUGGGGAGGAGUACAACCAAACAGUUGAAGACCCUAAGAUGACAUGUCAAGAUGACCAGGGCCGCUGGGAAGAGACGAGAGUGUUUUGUAUAAAUCCAUCCAGUAUUCCACUGUCCAAUGACACCAACACUCCGGACAGUGAAUGCUCUGUGGUCAAUCUGACACCGUACGACCCGCCAGUUACAUACAUAGCAGAAACAGCAGAUGCCGAUGAUGAGAUUGUGUCAGUAGAACUAUACAUGGAGCUGAGUCUGUUGGGUGACGCCAAUGUUUCAGUAUCUGUGAGUGUAACAGACUUGGCGGGGAAUGUUCAACGUUGUGGCCAGGUGACCCUUCAAUUCAGUGACAAUACUAAUGUCAGCUGUCCUGCGGUAAAAGCAUCAUCAGUGGUGAUAACUCUGUCAGCCCCUGGAUACAGAACAGCCAAGCUGUGUAGUUUGACGGCAUGGACUAAAGCGUUAGAACCAUUAACAACAACAGACCUCACCACAUUACCAAAUAAAUGCGCACCUUCUGUUUUUGAUGGAUACGUCUCGGUAUCUAUCGACGCAGCGACAACAUGGGAGGUGACCUCUGUAAGGCUGGGAAUAGGUUUGGAAUCAAAUGUGUCGUCCAUGGUCGACAUGUCUGUACUCAUUUCCGAUAAUAAUGUAGACUCAUUGAACCUGUCCCUGUGUGGCCUGUUGCCUGGUGUCCCUGUUGGUAAUACAAAGGAGUUCACGAUCACAUGCGAGACAAAUGCAAUGUUUGGUUCCUUACCUGUGGGUAACACCAUCUGGCUUACGUGGGUGCCAGGAUCGAACACGACCUCCUUGCAGGCCACUCUGUGCACUCAUUCCUUGACUGGGCGCAUCGUUCAGGCCCCACAGCCUCAGCCUCUAGAGAUAAUGGAAACAGCCACAUCCAGCCUGGAUGAAUCCUGUACCCAGUAUACCGUGACAAGUGGAGUCGGGCUCACUCUCAUGUACCCCUUCGCUUGGACUAACGAGACUGAGGCAGUGGAACUGUUGUUGUCCAUGGGCACUGUUGACAGAGCCUUGUGUGAGUAG